AGGAUGGGCACCACAUAUUCUCUGCCAGAAGAGGUCCUCACCACGAAGGUGGCACAGUACAGCUUCCGGAUAAGCAAGGAAUUAUACGCCUUGCGCGCGACCUCCAAAAGCGGGCUCGCAUUGGCGCAGCGCGGGCUCUCGUCGUCGUGCUCGUUCCUGUGCCGGCAUGUUCACUUUCGCGGCGAAGCGGAUCCGCGACGCGACGAGGCCGUGGGGCGCGUGUUCGGCGCCGGUUGCAUUCGUCUCUCCGCCCAUGUUCGUUCCCCGGAAAGGAUCGCGGCGCUCGACGCGUUCGUCCGGAGAACGAAUGGUGGUUUGUUCUCGCUCAAUUUAUGGACCUGCGACGUUACGGCGGAGGCACUACUGAGGAUGUGCCAGGCAUCGCCAAAAUUAACCAAGUUACGAGGUCCAUCGAGUGUUGCUAUCCCUGAUAGUACCGUGAUUUCCAUCAGUGCGGCCUGUCCCGAUUUGAAUGAGGUAAGCUUCUCGCACAUUGGGCACAGUCCCGCAGAAACUUACGAGCACCAUUUCCCCCGGCUUAAUCACGUCAAUUUAUUAUUCGACGGCGGCAGCCGACCCUACAGGCCGACGCUCAUCGAUGCCAUAAGAAAAACGGCGCUCACUUGCCGCCACGCGAGGUACCUGGAAUUAGAUGGCUGCCAUGUCACCGCUGACGUUAUCGAGGCCAUCGUCGGCACGCCCCUCGGCGAUAGCCUCCAGCACUUUGGCGAGAUCGAUGACGACACUGUGCUCGAACCCGAUGCAAUUCUUGCCGCGGCCCGCGGCUUUCCGGAGUUUUGCUCGCUCAAAAUACCCCAGGGUUCUUCGAUGCCGGGGCCAGGAUUUUAUAUUGAUCUCUCGCGCACGACUGCGCGGAUCACGUGCCUCCAUCUCGAAGACGAAACGACGACGGACGCAUGUAUUGCUGCGGCCUGCUCUCACUUACGCCUGGAGUGGUUGGAGCUCGAGUAUCUCGGCCUCUUGACCUCGGGUAUUGUCGACGCAAUAACUCGGAGCCAGUCCGCAGCGACGCUCUCUAGUAUCACAAUUGAGUACUCCGCCUCGGAUCCCCCGGAACCAGGAAGUCCACUCAGCGCCGCUGACGUGCUCCGCCUCCUCCAGGGCUGCCCGAAUCUUAGGGGUCUGGGCUGGUCUCUGCGCGAGUACGAUAGCGACCGCGCCGGACUAGAUCGUGUACUGUGUCAAGGCAUCGUCGAUCUCUUGAAGGACCGCGGCGCGACGGUCGAAGCCUGCGAUUUUGAUGAAUUGCAACUUGGUUUUGGUAUGGUUGACGAUGGUCGUAUUAUUCACUCUUGGUAUUACAAUGGUAAAGAGAGUUAG